AUGGCCGGAACGACUUGGAACAGGAUCUACCAACUGGGGCUCCUCACUUACUUUCUGCUGUUCUCCUACAUCUCUGUGACCACUUCAGUGAGUCUCGACUUAACUGAACUUAGAAACAAAGUUGCGAAAAUCAAGGUAAAUCCACGGGGGAAUCUGUGGGCGACUGGUCAUUUCAUGGGCAAGAAGAGUGUGGUGGAUAGCGCGUUGCUGGGGGCUCCUAGCGAGCCGGCAAUGAACGCAGUCCAAGUGGCUCUGAACCCGGAGAUGCACGCGCAGGACCUGAAGGAGCUGAUCUCACAGGAGGUGCUGAAAAUAGCGCUUCAGGCGCAGCUGCAGGUCCCCCGCGGGAAGCAAGAUUCUAACGACGAGGAGACGGCGUUGUUGAUGAAGAUAAUUGAGAGCUACAUUCGGAACAGCAAAAAAUGA